AUGGCAGCGGUCGAGGUAGAGCUGGCGGCCCUGGUGAUGAAGGAUGUGCAAGAGGCGAUAAUGGAGGAUGACGAUGAAGAUAGCGGGGAGGAGAUAGAAGAUGGUGAUGAAGAAAAGGUGCCGGAGGCAAUCCUGGAGGAGGAGGAAGAACAUGUAGCGGAGGUGGAGACGGCCGCAGCGUUCGAGGUGGUAGAGCCGGUGGUGGAGCUGGAGCAUGCCGAUGACGAUAACAAGGACGAGAAGGAUAGGAAUGUUCUGGUUGCCAAGCUGCCCUGCUCGGCGAGACUCCAGAAUUUGAGCCUGACUCUGGGCAAAGCAAGGCUCACGGUUCCCGUAGCUAGCACCGGCGCCUUCGACGCCCUCACCGACAUGUUUCUGAGCUACGCCCUCCUGUCGUCGUCGUGCAGCCCGCGGCUGAGGCGGCUGCGGCUCUACCACGUCCUUGGGCUCGCCACACUCAGACUCAACGCGGCGGACACGCUCGAGGAGCACCGGCUGACUUUCCUGUGCGACCUCACGUCGCUCGACGUUGCUGCGACUGGCCUCCGCGAGCUUGGGGUCUGCGCUUGCCACCAGCUAUCGGAGGCCAGGAUCUCGGCGCCGCGCGUGCAGGAGCUGGAGUUUGUACGCCACACAAAGCUGCUGCAGUUCGACGGUGCAGAGGCGCAUAGCGAUGACAUACAAGAGGGAGAUAUCGUGGACAUGAUGGCCGAGAUACCGCACCUUCCCAGCAUUAUCGAUUUAACGGGCGAGGACUGCUUGGAUUUAAGCUGCAUCUGCCAUCUUCAGUCGACGGACUGGGACAGCCAGAAGCUCUCCCUUGAGCACCUACGAAGCAUAGAGAUACGUGGAAUUGCUAGACAGCUAGAUACGUCUGGUGCGGCUGUUGCUCACAAGCGCAACAGCACUCGAGGGGAUGACUGUCGCCUUAGAUACGUCUCACUUGGAAGACGGCGAGGAGGUGGAUUUCGACAUCGUCCCUUGCUACGUAGGACGUUGGCUGCCCAGUGUGUGGAAGUGCAGCGAGCUAGGGUUGUUUGUACGCCCUGUGGAGUAUGA